CUAUAUGAAUGGUCGAAUGGCUGAAAAAAUGAAAGAAGUUGCGAUAGUGACAGGUGGAAAUACUGGUAUAGGAAUCAUAACAGCAAGAGAAUUAGCGCGUAAAAAUGCUCACGUAUUCGUUGCAAGUCGUAGUAAAGAUAGAG